AUGCUUUCGAUUCCUUUGAACCUACCUAAGUGGCUUGAGGAAAACGCGCAUCUGCUUCGUCCCCCCAUAAACAACUACUGUGUCUACAAUGAAGAUUUCACGGUUAUGAUCGUCGGCGGUCCUAACUCGCGCACCGAUUAUCAUAUUAAUGAAACGGCCGAAUGGUUUUACCAAUGGCGAGGAGCUAUGCUUCUUAAGGUAGUUGAUGAGGGCGUAUUCAAAGAUAUAAUUAUUUCAGAGGGCUGUAUGUUUCUCUUACCUCCGAAUGUCCCGCAUAACCCUGUUCGCUUCGCCAAUACCGUUGGUAUCGUUUUAGAACAAAAGAGACCUGAAGGAAGCCUCGAUAGAUUAAGAUGGUAUUGCGAUGGGUGCAAGGAAAUUGUGGACGAAGUGGCUUUCUAUUGCGUCGAUCUUGGAAGUCAGAUUAAGAAUGCAGUAAAUGAAUUCUCACAGAGCGAGGAAAGAAGGCUUUGCUCUCACUGUGGAAUGGUAGCUACGACGACGGCCAACGUACAGGAUCCGAAUCUAGUCACUACAGAGAUUUUGGCGUAG